AAUUUAAAAUAUUGUUAAUAAAACGAUUGAGUGUUGCGUUCUGUGAUUGAAUACCUUUCGGAAAAUCGUAUUCGUAAUACGUACAUGUGCGCGUGUGUGCGAGUGCUUGUGUACAUGGAAAGGUGUGUGCAACAAUGCCCGCCAUUUGUAUUAUCUAAAAACACUUGUCAAUUGACGUGCAACGUGAUCGGAUGCAUUGCGAUAGCCGUCCAAAACGUUUUACGCAAAACUCUUCCGAUUUGUAUUCUUUCGAAACGCUAAUGUGACAAUUUACAAGAAGGCUUUCAAUUCGAGUAGUCGGAGAUUUACGCACAUACAAAUGCAAUUGUGUACAAAUAUCAAUACCAAUAACAACAAUAAAGUGCAAUUUUUGUUUUUUAAUAUAUUAAAAAGACUAUUUUUUAAGCAGUGAAUUUUAAAAUUGUAUUGAUAAAUAUAUUAAAAAGUAUAAAGUGCAAUAUUAAAGCAUAUUUUCGACAAUUAAUUCCUUUUCCUUCAAAGGACUUCAAGUUGAAUAAGGUGUAGCAGCAAGCCAUACGUAAUAUCUUUUAAGAAGAACUCAAAAUUCUUAUAAAACUUGUCAAAACCUGAACAAUUGGCAAAACAAGGUGUAUAAAUAGGAAAAGUUAAUACCAGUUUUAAAGUGGCCCUCAAGUUAAAGAUCAAAAAUGACGAGUAUGUCCACAAUUCUUCAACAGCAGCAACAAAAACAACCCACAGACUACCGGUCGCGUUUGCACAAUGGCGAUGGUGGCCGCAGCAGUCGCAGUAGUAGUGAAAUGAGUAGUGGUGGAGAGUCGCCGCCACAACUAACUGGAUCGGACGCGCUUAACAUGACGAUGGCGGCUACAACCGCAGCAAUGACGAUGCCGCACAAGCCGCAUCAUCAACACAACCAACAACAACACCACAAUCAUCAGCAACAUACAAAUAUAGCUGCGAACUCCUCAUUAUCAACCGCCAAUGCUGCGUUCAACUCGCAACAACAUUCAAAUCAGCAACACCAGCACCCACAUCAGUCGCACCAUCACAAUCAUCACCAGCAACAAAACGACCAUAUUAAGCGGCCAAUGAAUGCGUUCAUGGUCUGGUCACGCGGACAGCGACGCAAAAUGGCGCAGGACAAUCCAAAAAUGCAUAAUUCAGAGAUUUCCAAACGUUUGGGUGCCGAGUGGAAAUUACUUACCGAGGGACAAAAGCGACCAUUCAUCGAUGAAGCAAAGCGUUUACGAGCGCUGCACAUGAAGGAGCAUCCCGACUAUAAAUAUCGGCCGCGUCGCAAGCCGAAGACACUCAACAAAUCGCCUGCGUCUAGCUCCGGCGUGAAUGGCUCACAAAAGGAGUCGCAACAUACCCAUCUGGGCACAUCAGCCGCGGCCGCAGCGGCAGUCGUUGUUGCCCAUCAUCAACAACAUUCGCCCACAAGUCAUCAUCAUAUUGUCAAUGCGGCCAAGUAUGGUUUUGGCGCAACACCUCUAGAAUUGACAUUGAAUAUGCCGUCACGACAUAUACCGGGCGCUUUUCCGGCAGCGACAGCGCUAACCCACUACCCUCUGGAUCCAACCAUAGCACUUGAUUUGCAGGCCCGUCUACAAGCCAUGUACGCCGGUAGUCUAUAUCAUCCAUGGCGAUACUUUGGUUGCGCACCGCUCAUUAGCCCUGAGACACCGCCAUCACCGCCCAGCAGCAACGGUACGGGCAGCAUCGCUUCAUCAUACGGUUGUGGCAUCAAAUCAGCCAAAUCUUCACCCACGCUGGCCCUGUCCGCGGGCAGUCAAGCACCGCCCAAUAUUAUUUGACCAACUCCUUUAAGGUUUGGUGGGAGCUCCAUGGGUAACACCGCCAUUGCGGUGGUUGCUGAACCGGCUAUGUAGAUUAUUAUUUAAAAUGUAAAUGCUAGCGUAUGCGUAAGUAAUCCUACUCGUAUUUUUAUUGAGUAUAUGUAAGUAUAGUAUGUUUUAGCUGCUAAGACUUAUUACUCCAAAGUGCUUACAAGUUGCAAUUUCAAAUUAAAUACUUCAAAUGUUGUUCAUAUGUAAAUUGUGUAUGUAAAUUUUAUAAAUUUGAUUGCGAGAACCAUAAAGUUCUUAACUGAUGAGAUGAUUUAUUGAAAUUUGGUCAUGUAACCUUAUAGAAGUUAUACAUUUAUUGCCAACUUUUUUAUUUUCCCACAUUCAUCGCAUUUAUGUCAAAAAUCAUAUUUUCUUUAGCCAAAAAUUUAAUUGUAACCAUCAACAUAA